CUUCCCAUGCCCUCCCCCCUCCUUGCAAACAAAGACUGCUUCACUUGAAAACGCAACGCAAUCUCUCAGUUUUCCCGGGCUGUUUUGAAACAAUUUUGGCUUCUCUGUACGUCAAGAUGAGUCCGAGUUUUAACCUCGCGCUCUUCUUCGCAGUUUACGUGGCUCGAUGCUUCCUUUUCAGCGACGCAUCACGGCAAGAUUGCACAGAUGCUCUUGGUAUGGAAAGCAACAAAAUUCAAGAUUCCCAGCUAAGCAGCAACACAUUUUCUUCUGGUUGGCUUCCUGAGUAUGGUAGAUUGAACAAUAAUGGAGCUUGGUGCAGCAAAAACAAUGAUGAAACAUCCGAAUACUUUCAGAUAGACUUGUUGAGGGUCAGACAUGUUUCAGCCAUUGCUACACAAGGAGUAAAAAAUUGGAAUUUAUUGAGCUACUAUGUUAAAACAUAUACAAUAAAGUACAGUUAUAAUGGAAUGGAUUGGUUGACUUACAAAGACAGUGAUGGUGAUUCUGAUAGGUUAUUCACUGGAAAUUCAGAUGCCAAGAGUGUGAAACGGAACAACUUUAGAGAUACAUUUGUAACAAGGUACCUCAGGAUAUACCCAAAGGAUCAUAGAUUUGACAUGUGUCUUCGAGUUGAAGUGUAUGGCUGCAGUGAUGUAGCUGAUAAUUGUUCAAGUUUUUCAACAAUUCCUUCCGGCAUCAUUGCAAGUCCAGGCUAUCCAGUUGGUUACCCCUCCAACAAAGACUGUGUAUGGAUCAUUUCAGCUCCAAGAAGAAAAAACUUGGUUCUCAUGUUCACACACUUUGAUAUAAGACGAAGUUCAAGUCCACCAUUUUGUAAGGAAGAUUUUGUCAAAGUUCAGGAUGGUCUCACUGAUUUAUCUCCUCACACUGGGGGAAAAUAUUGCAAUGGGAACACAUCCAUGUUAAUAACUACUUCUGCAAGUACAGUCAGAGUAAACUUUCACUCUGGCAACACCACUGCAACUCAGAAAGGAUUUCAGAUAAACUACCUUGCCAUAACACCAGGUUCAGACAACAUACAUGCUGAAAAAGCCUGUGAUGGAGAUUUCUUAGCACUGAACUGUUCAGGAUACAAAUACACGAUAAACAUAUUACAUGCAACAUAUGGUUCUUUUCCAUACACUUGUGGACAGCAGGUGUCAUCUCCAUCUUGCCCACCUGUUGAUGUUAACAGUAAAGUUGUAUCAAUGUGCCAGGAUUUCAAAGAAUGUCACAUCCCUGUUAAAGGAGCUCUGUUUGAUUACAAUUGUUCCAAAGGCUCUGAAACCCGUCAACUGCAAAUAUUCUUUCAGUGUACAAGUAGAAACAUCAGAACCCCAGGACCUUCAACAAUACCCACCAAGCCAAUGCAAAUGAGCUCUACAGCACUAUCCACCAAACCAACACAAAUGAGCUCUUCAGCAGCAUCCACUGCCCAACCCACCAAAGUUCCAUAUUUCGCAACUUUAAUCACUGAACCAACCAUUAAGGAAGAUCCAGAAGUAAGUGUAAAGCAAGCUCAGACAGCAACAUGAUUGCCAGUGGAAGCACUGGUUGGAAUUGUGGGUAUUGUAAUAGUCGUUGGGGCAGUACUCAUUACUUUGUUUGUCUUUUGGAGGAAACGGUAUGUGAUAAGACGAUUGCACAUUCAGUUGCCUGGAAUUUGUUUUACACAGCAUAUAAGCUUGUCUUAGAUAACUGGCACAAUGAUUUUGCCAUCUCAAAAAGCAUUUUGUUUUCCUUUCGACAACUUUAUUUUACUCAAGCCCAAAAGACUCAAAUUCCUUGAAGAAAAGAAAAAGACUUAAAAAUUCAACUGGAGAGUUGUAGAUUUUUAAAGCUGUUUCUGAGAUGUGCCAAGGCACAGAGAGCUUUGUUAAUUAAGAACACUUCCAUUAACACUUUGUCUAACAAGUUUUAUUGGAAUGGCAUACUUAUCAAGGAA